AAAAUAAAAAUUCAUGGUAGUGAAAACACUGUGAUGGAAACCUGUCCACCCACCCUCUUUUCGAGCUCAUUUCCGCCUCUUGAUCUAAAAUUGCUACACAGGCUUUUGACAGCUGGCUGCUGUGGGCAGCCCCCUCAAAGACCAUUGAUUCUCCGAGCACAGACAAAAGCAGAGGGGCAGGAUCUCGACACAAGCCUGCUCGCACUGGCUCUGUAUGGCUCCAGAUUGGCAUUUGCUGCCUCACUGAGUUCGGAUCUGCACUGAAUCGGAGUCGGGUGGAGCAGCCAACUCUCCGGGCACUUUUGAAAAGAGCAGCAGGGGCAGAAGGUACAAAUUAUUCCGCCAUUCGCCAAAGCUCAGGCAGUGGUCAGAAGGUGGCAGGUUUCAACCGACACAAUAUUUCCUGGUGGAGGCGUGUUCAUGUUAGCUCCCACACGGCUAGGACGGUGCCUUCGCACGCAGCUGUUGCCUUUGCUGGCCAUGGCUGAUGGAGAAGUCUAUGAUUUUGUAAACCACCCGGCAGGCUCUCUGCCCAGCCACGCGUCGGCCCCGGCUCAGCAUCACACUUGUCCGCAGUGUCCGCUUUGGCAUCGGGUCGGCUGCGCCGGGAACAUCGUCCUGCUGGGAGCUGUGAUAGUCCUGGCUGUCCUGGUUUCCCAGCGCCCACCCCAGAAUCGCCAGACGGCACCAGUCCCGCAGACGGCUCAGAAGAGCGAUUCCUGUGAGAUCAAUCGAAACACAACACCGUACCACCGUAGAUUGGAGGAUUUCCAAUCCUGCCUGAAGCGAAAGUUGUGUGGGGUGGAAACCAGCUCAGCAGACGGCUCCGGGUGCAAACUCUGCCCCAGGCACUGGGUGCCGCACAGGGACAGGUGCUACCAGCUGUCUGAAGUGAAUAAAUACUGGAGCCGGGGCCAUGAUGACUGCGCACGGAGGGGAUCUCACCUGCUAGUGAUCCAGGACCGGGAGGAGCUGGAGUUCAUACAGAAUAUUAUACCAGAACAAAAUCAGGUGUGGAUUGGACUCAUCAUCACAUCCCCAGGGAGGAAUUGGACCUGGGUGGAUGGUUCCCCGUUCAAUCAAACACUAUUCCUGGUAUCGGGUCCUGCUGAAGAGAACAGCUGCGCUGCAAUACAGAAGAAUCAGAUCCAGUCUGAAAUCUGCAACACUGACUAUAAAUGGAUUUGCCAAAAGGAAGCUGUGCCCAUUUAAACGGGUGGAUUGACGACCUCUGUUUGCAUAUAAGGAAUGCAGAACAUCCUGUGUUCUCAUCUUUAUUUCAGCUACCAAAGCCCCAGGUAGUGUAAAUCUGGGUAAUGCCGAGAAAGUGAAUGGCGCAAGGCUGAUUUACACCCAUUGGGGGACUGGGCCCGUUGACUCUAAUGGAGUUACGGCCAGUUCACACCAGCUGGGAAUCUGGCUCUUUGAUUAUUUUUUUAAAAAAUAAAUCUAUAAUUUUUUCACAGUGCUUCUAAUAUUGUCGUCAGAGUUUUCAAAGAUUCCUGGGACGUUAUUGUAUACAUUACGGUAACGCCUAGAGGCCCCAGCCGAGAUCAGGGCCCCAUCAUGCCGGGCGCUGCCCAGACACCCAGCGAGAGACAGUCCCUGCUCAGAAACAGAAUUUUUUUUCUGAAAAACCAGGGCUUACAGCUGGUUGUGAAAAAAUACAGGAAAGCUUCCAAAUUCUUGAAUCAAGUCUGGAUCUUUUUCUGGAAGCCCGGCUGGAGUUCAAAGAGGAAUGAACUCUGCGGAGUUCUAUGGCUUGUGUUAUAUAGGUCAGACUAAAUCGGGGUAGUCAAUAAACGGACCGCAGGCCAAAGCCAGACCGCCAGAUGCUUGUGAGUGAACCCUGACAUCUUUUAAUUUACUUAUUUAUUAUCAUUAUUGGGUUUUUUAAAUUCUUUUCCCGGGAGUCUGGACAUUGACUAGACCUUGACCAAGAAAUUGAGACCUUGACAAAAAAUAACUGACUACCCUGGGACUCUGAUCACAGUGGUCCAGUCUGGCCUUAGAAUCUAUGGACCCUUUUUCAUUUUUAAAGUUUUUAAAUGUUUCAUUUAUAAAAUGUUUUUGUGUGUUUGGAAAUUUUCAUCAGAACUUUUUCAUUUUUUUGUUCCAUUUUUCGGGGCAGGGGGUGUUUGUGGGUUAUUUCCUCUUUUCACCCCUCCCCCUGAUCUUUUCCCUUUUGCCGCUGGAAAAAAAAAGGAAGAAAGAAGGGGGGUGUCAUGGACUCACAGAAUUUGUGCUCCAGGUCACCAGUUGCUAGGGCACCCCAUCUCCAGGCUGCCGUCCGGGGUCCUGGCUUCUAGGCAAGGUCACACCUGGAGGGUCCUCUGCAACAACAAACCCUCUCCCACCCCCUUGUUAAACAUGAAGCAAACAGAGGAAACUGAGACACACACCAUAAUUCAUUGAAACACUAAGAAAGUCCUCAAUUUUUGUCACAGGAGGGAAAGGAAAAAUACUAAAUAACUCAAUAUUUUGUUUUUUUAAAAAACCCAUCCAAAGUACAUUUUGGGGUAGAAAUGUCUGGUUUUGAAAAGGCUUUUGCUUUCAACCCCAAAAUGUUUUACACUUUCACUUUUAACAGGUCAGUUGGGGCCUGUCAUUGUGCACUAUAUCUAUUCACUAUGGAGGAAAGCAUUGUCAAGUAUCAUCAGAUUAAGGCAUCCCAAAUAGCCGCUAUGGACUUGACACAGCACUACGGAUAUUCUCUGGCCUGCGGUACGGACGUUAGACAAGAUGAUCUAAUGAGCUUCAAAUCUGUGAAAUUAUUAAUCAUUCUACACAGCCCCGUUCUCCAGCUGUUUUCAUGCUCGGUUCUAAACCGCACCGUAGGUCACCGGGGUGGAGCAUCACACUCAGAGCAGUGGGUGGGCUGGAAAGGUCUUCCGCAGUAGAAAGAAAAACUUCAGUGAGAGGUGGGUGACUUUUUUAGCCAGUCAACGAGCAGGGGGGCUUGAAGGCCAGCUGGAGGGCACGUGCAGCCAGAGCAGGUCAUCGCCACGCUCUGCUCCCACGUACCAGGGCUACUUGUGAAAAGGUUCAUGGUAGCUUCGCCAGAGCUAGCAUUGAAAAACUGGCAGGGUGGCGGGUAUGGUGCCUGUGACUUGGGCUACUGCCCUGAGCUCAGACCCGGGGGAAGGCCGGCAGGCUUGGACGUGAGUUGCUAGCCGGAGACAACAUCCACGCUGCUAUUUUUAGGGUGCUAAGGGAGGGCGAGUCUGUCUAGCUGCACAGACAAUGAAACAACUGCCCCAAGGCAAAUCAUAAAUCCUAAAAAUACAAACUUCCCACCCCUUGGACCAUGCAGUUAAACCAGGCCAGAGAAGUUUGAUUUCAAACGUUGGGAAAUGCUGUUUCCCCCCAACAUACACAGAAAAAGUUGAUGGGAAGUGAUUUUUUUUCCCCCCAUUUGCAGUGGAAACUUUCCUCUUCUUGUGCAUCCUCCCCACUCAAAAUCUUCCCCCGCCCCGCCCCCAAUUGCAACCAUUUCUUUUCAGGGGGGAUUUUUCAUUGGGGGGACAAACAUUCCAGACUUUUCGAGGAAAGCGGCUGCUUUCUGCCCAAAAAUAAAAUAAAAAUUCAUGGUAGUGAAAACACUGUGAUGGAAACCUGUCCACCCACCCUCUUUUCGAGCUCAUUUCUGCCUCUUGAUCUAAAAUUGCUACACAGGCUUUUGACAGCUGGCUGCUGUGGGCAGCCCCCUCAAAGACCAUUGAUUCUCCGAGCACAGACAAAAGCAGAGGGGCAGGAUCUCGACACAAGCCUGCUCGCACUGGCUCUGUAUGGCUCCAGAUUGGCAUUUCCUGCCUCACUGAGUUCGGAUCUGCACUGAAUCGGAGUCGGGUGGAGCAGCCAACUCUCCGGGCACUUUUGAAAAGAGCAGCAGGGGCAGAAGGUACAAAUUAUUCCGCCAUUCGCCAAAGCUCAGGCAGUGGUCAGAAGGUGGCAGGUUUCAACCGACACAAUAUUUCCUGGUGGAGGCGUGUUCAUGUUAGCUCCCACACAGCUAGGACGGUGCCUUCACACGCAGCUGUUGCCUUUGCUGGCCAUGGCUGAUGGAGAAGUCUAUGAGAAUGUAAACUUCAAGGCAGGCUCUCUGCCCAGCCACACGUCGGCCCCGGCUCAGCAUCACAGUGAGUGCCUUUCACUUUGUGGUGUUUUUUCAGGGGUGUGGAUUUUGGGAGGCUGGGAUUCCACUUUUGCGACUGUAAUGUUGAUAAAUAGCAGGUCUAACAAUGCACGAGGAGUGAGAUCCCCAUCUGGUGCAAGUGGGCAUAGCU